AGGCGGUCCUUCUUUGUGUGACUCGUAGACGCCACACUAACUUCGCUAACUGUGGGAAGAAGUGCUGUCGUUCAUCACCUUUUCGUUAGAAGCGAUAGAGUUUAAUAACUGCAACUAGACAAAUUUUAAAACUUAUAACUUGGUUACGAAAUAAAACAUUUCCUUUUGAAAUGGCAACGGGAGCUAAUGCGACCCCUCUGGGGAAGCUGCACCCGAGUAUCGGCGCCAAACGAGGUUUCGAAGCCGGGCCUGGUGCUGGGUUAAUGGCUUCCCCCGGCCUUCCGGUACCUUUUCCACCGCCCAACUUCCAGCCGCCACCGCCGACUUCUUUCGCCGCACCAUCACACCAGUUCGCUUCGACGGCUGCUUUUGUUCAGCCACAGCAGCCGCAACAGGGCGGGAUGCAAUCACCGUCAGGUGGAGAUUCUGCGCAGAAGAAGGCUCGGAAGAGGAGCCGCUGGAGCAGCGAGACGCCGGACCAGAAGACGGUGAUCCCCGGCAUGCCCACCAUCAUCCCGCCGGGCCUGACCCGCGAACAGGAGCGGGCCUACAUAGUCCAACUGCAGAUCGAAGACCUGAGCCGUAAGCUGCGUACAGGAGACCUGGAAAUCCCCGUUAACCCCGAGGAAAGGUCCCCCUCCCCAGAACCCAUCUACAACAGCGAGGGGAAGAGGCUCAACACCCGCGAGUACCGCACCCGCAAGAAGCUGGAGGAGGAGCGGCACGCCCUCAUCACCGAGAUGGUCCGGCUGAACCCCGAGUUCAAGCCCCCCGCCGAUUACAAGCCUCCAGCAACCAGAGUCAAUGACAAGGUGAUGAUCCCUCAAGAUGAGUACCCGGAGAUCAACUUUGUGGGCUUGCUGAUUGGACCACGCGGCAACACCCUGAAGAACAUCGAGAAGGAGUGCUGCGCUAAGAUCAUGAUCCGCGGGAAGGGCUCGGUGAAGGAGGGCAAGGUGGGCCGGAAGGACGGGCAGAUGCUGUCGGGCGAGGACGAGCCCCUGCACGCCCUGGUCACCGCCAACACCAUGGAGAACGUCAAGAAGGCCGUGGAGCAGAUCCGGAACAUUCUGAAGCAGGGCAUCGAGACACCGGAGGACCAGAACGACCUGCGCAAGAUGCAGUUGAGGGAGCUGGCCAGGCUGAAUGGCACCCUGCGUGAGGACGACAACAGGAUCCUGAGGCCCUGGCAGAGCUCAGAACCCCGCAGCAUCACCAACACCACCGUCUGCACCAAGUGUGGGGGCGCUGGCCACAUUUCUUCUGACUGCAAGUUCACCAGUACCUUCACCCCGCGGACAGGGGAGCCUCAGUCUGCUCAGGACCGUGCGCGUAUGGAUAAGGAGUACCUCUCCCUCAUGGCCGAGCUGGGCGAGGCCCCCGUCCCCUCCUCCUCUGGGGGCCACUCCCACAACCCCUCCAGCGGCCGCGGAUCGGGGCCCAACAGCAGCGGCCCACCGAGCCGCCCGCCCUGGAUGUCGUCUGGCCCCUCUGAGAGCAGGCAUUAUCCCAGCAUGCACGGUGGCCACGGCGGCCACGGCGGCCAUGGUGGCCAUGGUGGCCACGGCGGCCACGGCGGCCACGGCAGUCACGGCGGCCAUCACAGCUUCCCGCCGCCCGUGCCCAGCAUGGGGGGGCACCCCAUGCCCCCCAGCCACAACGGGCCCCCUCCCCCGUGGAUGCAGCCGCCCCCUCCCCCGAUGAACCAGGGCCCCGGGCCCCACGGACCCCCGCCCAUGGGUCUGCUGCCCCCUAUGGGCCUGAUGCCGCCACCGCCGCCGCCCCCCAACGGCCAGCCGCCCCCUCCUCCAUCUGCUCCCCUGCCUCCAUGGCAACAGCAGGCACCCCCACCUCCCCCUGCCAGCAGCAUGGGAACGAGCGCCCCGUUGCCCUGGCAACAGAACACCAUCACCACCUCCAGCCCCGGCUCGGGGAACCUGCCCCCCUGGCAGCAGCAGCAGUCUGCCGCCGGAGGCUCCGCCCAGCCCCCGCCUCCCAUGGGCACCCCGUCCAUGGUGCCCCCUCCCCCGGGGGUCCAGCCGCCCCUGCCCCCCGGCGCACCGCCCCCGCCUCCGCCCCCGCCGCCCGGGUCAGCGGGCAUGAUGUACGCCCCCCCGCCCCCGCCUCCGCCCAUGGACCCCACUAACUUUGUCACCAUGAUGGGCAUGGGGGUUCCGGGCAUGCCCCCCUUUGGGAUGCCCCCGGCCCCGCCCCCACCACCCCCACAGAAUUAAACCCCUUUUGACCCAUCCAACCACCCGGUCAUAUUAGGCUUACAGCCACGGCAGCACCCAUACCCCUGAACCCACACACACACACACACACACGCAGGCGCUCACACACACACACACACCCCUUGGGACUGCCUUACAGGAGACCACCUUUGAAACGGAACAAGCUGUUUGGGUUCAGCUGUUGAUCUACACAAUGCCAAGGUCUUCAUUUUUAAAAGAGAAGGAAAGAAAAAAAGUACCUGUAAGCUCUUUAGCUCCGUUUUGUUUCCGUUUUUUUUUUUUUUUUUUUUUUUUUUUUUUUUUUUAAAUAGUGUUCUGUAUUUGCUUAGCAGACGUCGUUAUUCAGGGGGACAUCUAUGACGUGCUUUUAAAACGAGAAAAAACUAAAAUCUGCUAUCCAGUUGUGCGGCCUGGGUGUUUAUCUAAUGCUGUUCAUAUCGGGUAAAUCCUUGAAUGAGGUCUGAACCAACGACCUUCUACUUGUACACAGUUUCCUAGUAACCCUACUGCCCACAAAUCCUUUACCAACCCCCCCACCACCACACACAUACCCCCUUGUUGUGUCUAGAUUGUCAUAAUCUAUAAGCCCUUUUGUUAUAGAGGUAGGUAGUUUAGAAAACUGCUCUGACAACAAGAAAAUAAAUAAAUGUGACUGAAUGAAUACAUUUUGCUUAACUUAUUGACUGUUUUAAAAGGUUAGGCAUUAUUGCUGGGAUAAAACUUUUUUUCCCCCAUCAUACAGUGCUGUUGAGUGAAUAUCCUGAGAAUGAGGAGUGUUCUCUGUAGUGCAGGGUUUCAUUUGAACAAAUUUGAGUUUAAAACUUUAUAUUUUCACAGAUCACCCAGAUCAAACACAGGAUGAUGGGGCUGUCGAUUUCAGUUAGUGUGGAUAUCUUUUUUUGUUUCCCUCUAUUUCUUCUGGUCUCCCUGCAAUUUAAUAAAUAACCUGGUUUCUUAAAUCAGA